UAGCACUCUGAGACGAUACAAAGAAGGAGACGGAACGGAAAUUACGGCAGCUCCUUUCCCGAGGAAGCUAGAUAAACAAACAAAAGCAAGACAUUAUAAUACAUAUAUUUAAACAUCUCGUGCGAUUUUGACCACUUUUUACGUAUAGAUAUGCUAACCACAAAUAAACCGAACCACAGAAUAAGCUAGAGAAGGGCUAGCAUCCCGGGACGUUUUAAUGAUUUCUAGCAUCCUGCUAGCUGAACGAACUGGCAGGCUACGCAGCUAAGGUGUUAGCUCGACAUGUUUAUUUUAGCGCUUGGGCGAAGGAGCGUGACAUGAUGGCGUAAAACUUGCAGUUAUUACCAAAUAGUCACACUUCCCACCUAAAGGCUGUGAGAAACUGAUAACGUUUGCCUCGAGUUUCAACCGGAACUGCACUCCGUUAAAAUCUCCACACCGUCACCAUGGCGUGGGCUCUGAAACUGCCUCUCACGGAUGAAGUGAUUGAGUCCGGACUGGUCCAGGACUUUGAUGCCAGUCUGUCCGGCAUUGGCCAGGAACUCGGUGCGGGGGCGUACAGUAUGAGCGAUGUACUUGCCCUUCCCAUUUUCAAACAGGAGGAGUCCAACCUCCCACCGGACAGUGACAACAAGAUCCUACCCUUUCAGUAUGUUCUGUGUGCACCUACCUCGCCAGCCGUUAAACUGCAUGAUGAAACACUCACCUACCUCAACCAAGGGCAAUCCUAUGAAAUUAGAAUGCUUGACAAUCGGAAAAUUGGGGAACUUCCAGAAAUCACCGGCAAAAUGGUGAAGAGCAUAAUUCGUGUGGUGUUUCAUGACCGACGACUUCAAUACACAGAGCACCAGCAGCUGGAAGGCUGGCGCUGGAACAGGCCAGGGGAUCGCAUUCUCGACCUGGAUAUCCCGAUGUCAGUGGGGAUAAUUGACCCCAGGGCUAACCCCACUCAGCUUAACACGGUGGAGUUCCUUUGGGACCCAUCAAAACGAACCUCAGUUUUUAUCCAGGUUCACUGCAUUAGCACAGAAUUCACCAUGCGGAAGCAUGGCGGAGAAAAGGGCGUGCCUUUCCGCAUCCAGAUUGACACGUUUAAGGAGAACGAGAAUGGAGAGUACACAGAACAUCUUCACUCUGCCUCCUGUCAGGUCAAAGUCUUCAAGCCUAAAGGUGCAGACAGAAAGCAGAAGACAGACAGGGAGAAGAUGGAGAAGAGGGCGCCACAGGAAAAGGAAAAGUACCAGCCUUCCUAUGAAACCACAAUCCUGACAGAGUGCUCUCCCUGGCCUGAGGUCACAUAUGUCAACAACUCCCCAUCUCCUGGCUUCAAUAGCACCCACAACAGCUUUCCAGUGGCUGAAGGAAACGGGUCACCAAACCACCAGCCUGAGCCUGUUGUUCAGGUGGCAGAUAAUUUGUUACCAACAGCAACACCACAGGAUGCACAACAGUGGCUUCAUAGAAACCGCUUCUCCCCUUUCUGUCGACUCUUCACUAACUUCUCAGGGGUAGACCUGUUGAAGCUGACCAGGGAGGAUGUUAUUCAGAUCUGUGGGCCAGCUGAUGGUAUAAGACUCUUCAAUGCACUUAAAGGACGGGUGGUACGUCCAAGACUCACCAUCUAUGUUUGCCAGGAAUCUCAGCAGGCACGGGAACAGCAUCCGAAACAUGAAAAUGGAGAUGCUGCUGCCAGCGCUUUCUUUGGUCAGUUAUAUCACGCCAUUUACCUGGAGGAACUCACGGUUACAGAACUGACAGAGAAAAUUGCUCAUCUGUUCAGCAUCUCACCUAGGCAGAUCAAUCAGAUCUUUAAACAAGGCCCUACUGGCAUCCAUGUGCUGGUUAGUGAUGAGAUGAUUCAGAAUUUCCAAGAUGAAGUUUGUUUUGUUUUGGACACGAUGAAAGAUGACACAAGUGACGGCUACCACAUAAUCUUAAAGUGAAUCCCAGGCAGGAGAGUUGUCGAGUUCUUCUCUCUUGUUUAGUCCUGGUUCAGUCAGACCCUCUAUAGCUUUGUACAUUUUGCUGAUCCUUUAUGGAGAUGCACCCCCCCCCCC